CUAUCCGUCAUCGCGUUCAUGGCACGUGCGAUCUUGUUUACGUGUGGUGCGGUACGAUUUGCAGCAAAACACCGGCUCGAUAGGAAUUUGUUGCCCUUACCAGUGAAGAUACAUUCCCGUACACUAACCACCAUGGCUGAGGGUGAUAUAAAAACGGGUUCGCUGAAAACGAUACGCGAAGGUAGCGCGGAAAUACUUGUCGCCGAGCAUGUGUUCUACAACCCAGUGCAGGAAUUUAAUCGUGAUUUGAGCAUCUGCGUGCUGACCACCUUCUCGCGGAUGUACCAAAGGGAAAAGAGCGCCGAACGGCAACGAAAGAAUGCAUCGGACGAUGCGACGAACGGAGCCGAUACCAAGCUCGAGGCAGGUGUGAAGCAUGAGAAUGGAUUACGAAUCCUGGAGGCGCUGUCGGCGACGGGACUGCGCAGCAUACGUUAUGCGAAAGAAAUUCCGGGCGUCAAGGAAAUCAUAGCAAACGAUCUCUCCAAGUCAGCGGUGGAAUCGAUCGAGCAAAAUGUGAAGCACAAUCAGAUAGAGCAUCUAAUCACGCCCAGCUACAAUGAUGCGAUGACGCUUAUGUACAUGUCGACCAAACCGGAACAACGCUUCACCGCGAUCGAUCUCGAUCCGUACGGCCAUCCGACUCGCUUCCUGGACGGAGCCGUCCAAAGCAUUGAGGACGGUGGGCUGCUUCUCAUCACCGCGACCGAUAUGGCCGUUCUGGCUGGCAACACACCGGAAGCGUGCUACGUCAAGUAUGGUUCGGUGCCGCUCAAAACAAAAGCCUGCCACGAGAUGGCGUUGCGCAUUCUGCUUCGCUGCAUCGAAACGACGGCCACACGGUACGGCCGCUACAUGAUACCAUUGCUCAGCAUAUCGGCCGACUUCUAUAUACGCGUGUUUGUGCGCAUCUACACCGGCCAGUACGCGUGCAAGAAGAGCAGCAGCAAGCAAUCGAUGGUGUUCCAGUGUACGGGCUGCGAGGCACUCACCCUGCAGCCGUUGGGCAUUCUCAAGCCGAACCCGACCGAGGCGAACCCGCAGCAGAUCAAGUUUGGCAUACCAACGGGUCCGUUUGUCGGCAGCCGGUGUGAGCAUUGCAACCAUCAGCACCACAUGGGCGGUCCGAUAUGGUCGGCUCCGUUGCACGAUGAGCAGUUCUUGGCAGAGCUGCUGCACACGGUGGAGCAGGAGGAUUCAAAGCGAUUGACGACGAUCCGACGCAUCUACGGCACGCUGACGGUGAUCCGAGAGGAGCUGCACGAUGUGCCACUGUACUACACGCUGGACCGCAUGUGUGGCAUACUGAAGCUGGAAUCGAUCGGAAUGCUAAAGCUACGGUCCGCACUGCUGCAUGCCGGCUUUCGGGUGUCUUACUCCCACGCUAGCCGUACCUCGAUCAAAACCGAUGCACCGAUCAGUGUGCUGUGGGACAUUUUGCGCUGCUGGCAUCGGUUACACCCGGUUAAGGCUGACCGGUUUCUGGAGGGCGUACCGCUGACGGCCAUUUUACGAAAGGAACCGGCCAAAGUGUACAAUAUCGAUGAGAUGCAUCCGGAUGCGAACCCGCCCAGCCGGAAGGAAUCAUUGAGCCGGUUUCCGGAGAAUCCUGCCGCCCACUGGGGCCCUGGAACGCGGGCGACACAAAUGGUAAGCGACAACAAAAUGCUAAAAAGUGCUCAAAAUCAGAAUAAGCGGAAGCAAAAACGAACUCCCAAAGGUGACUCCGCUGAGGAGGAGUCGCAGAAUGAUGUCAAGGCCGAUAGCGAAUCGCCGGAGAGAAAGGUACCGAAAACGAUUACUACGGACUGCUGAAAGGGGGGAGCGUCAGUUACUAUGGAAAUGCGACCGGAAGUUGCAUGCGUCGGUAUGGUAAUGUUCCACCACACAGCCCUGUGUGUGUUGCGUCCAGGAGAAGGGUGGAGCUAAAUCGAUUAAACACAUCCUUUCCACAUGCCUAUGCAUCAUCUAACCUUACCGACCGCUAGUAUCGCCGCACUGUUGCUAUAUCGUAGAAGGCGAUAUGUUUCAAUGUUGACUGAGCCAAUCCAAACUCGUCUAGCAGGCUUUGGUGGCCAGAAAGUACUGUAUCGAGUGCGGGAAAGUGAAAUUUUAUUAGGAAACGAAUAAAUCUUGAGAACUUGUUAA